AUGCACGAAUGCAUCGGCGGCAUCGCGUCAACUGCCACUUCGAUUACCCAUAAAAUAUUCAUUGGGGUUAUGGGUGCUGCCGAUAUUGUGGCUAUUGGCUUGUCAAUUUACGCCAUCGCCCCGUCCGAUGUGACCUUGAAUUCGCUGUACAACAGAAUCGCUUAUCACGGGUUUGGAGCAAUUUUCGGACUCGUACAUAACUGCCUGGGCAUCAUCGGAGCGCUUGUAGCUGUACUGAGCUUUACGCGCGCGAUUGGGAGGGCACCACAGCUUCGCAAUGCGAAAUUCCGCACCCUUGCCUACCUGCUCCCGCUCAGUCUGCUAGGCCACUUUGCGACCCGGCUAACCUUGGUAUUCGUCCGCCAAAGCAUCGAGAUUUACAUCGUAACCCAUUUCUUCAUAAUCAUGACGAUCACAGUUGCGUUGUACUUGGUGCCCAAUGCAGGGUUGGCGGCGGGUAAUAUUCCGUCACUCCCUCUGUACACUACCAUCUGUGCUUCAGGGAGCGAGUGUCCUCCGGAAAGCGAGGACAUGAACACGAACGGCGGCGGCUACAAUGUGCCACCCUUACCGCAGAUGAGUAGGCUGCAAGAACUGCCAGGGCAUGCGCAGCAACCACCUGUCCACCCACAACGACCACUCGCACCACUCGCACCACCACAACAACCGCCGUCGCCAGGACCGCACAGCCAGACCGUAGAGCUCCCACAGCAGCCUUAUCGAAAUUAA